CUACGCGGUCGUCAAGGAGACGCGCACCGGUUACAGUCAGGGAAAAAUUCAGUCUUUACCGUUAGCUACUUGUUAAAUUAGAUAGUUAAAUCUACCAGUCUGGGAAGAGAGACAAGUAUGGAGAAGUCCCACCGAACUAAUGUCCUGGUGACGUCCUGUCUGAAGACGCCGGUGGACCCGCACACUAAAGUCCCGUUAGCUCAGUAUGAGCGGGAGCGAGCACUGGACAACAGGCACUAUGAGAAAGAGGUGGAGUAUGACUCUGGAUCGGAGCUGUUAGCUGAUGGUCCUCCUGCUAAAGACAGCAAUGCUCUGCUGAUCAAAGACUACCGUGUAACGGGCGAUCACAUCGACCUCAGGGAGUUCUACUUCUCAAACCAGGAGUACUACCGUAAACUAGAGCAGCUGAAGACGGCUCAUCUCCAAACCAUGGCUGAACUCGAACUCAUGUAUCGCAAGAAACUGAACCUCAAAGGGGUGAGCGAUGCGGACCACACUGAUCGGAUCAGUCUUUCCACAGAUAUAACCGGUGGUCUGAAAAAAGCCCAGUCUGCUCUAGAGCUGCGAAAGACUUCAGACUCCUCUGACCUUUCUGAUGAAGAGUGCAUUGAUGAAAACGGCCAACGAGAUGGCAACACAGAAAAAGGCCUUCUUGUCUCGCCCAAAGAGCACAUUAAGAACAUGUGGCAUGACUUCAGUGUCAAAAAUCUUUCUUCGUCACAAUGCCAGCCGUUUUCAUCCUCCCUGCAGAGCUUGCCCGCUGACUGCCAGACUGACUGCAAACCCAAAAGAAGGAUUAGAGGUCGACGGCUAAAUAAACGCAAGCAAAACGCAGACGAUUAUUCGCAUCCGAGAGUCACGGUUCCCAAGCCUUUCCAGAUGACCCUUCGCGAGUUGGAACUGCGCAAGAAGGGCGUAAAAUCACGCGCUGAGAUCGAACGAGAGAACGAGGAUCUCCGACGCCAGUUAGACGAGCUAACCGAGUGCCAGAGGAAGUUUCGCGCCAGCCCGGUGCCCGCGCACGUGCGUCUCGCGCUCUACGAGGAACAGCAGGAGCGCGACAAGGAGCGCCGGCGACGCCAUCGGGACACGGAGCAGAAACGUCUACACGCCUCGCAGAAACCCUUCAGCUUCCUGGAGCGCGAGCGCCUGAAGAAAGAGCAGAAGGAGGCCAAGCUCAAGCACGUCAAAGAGGAAGAGGAGAGGAAAAGGUGCCUGUUUAAGGCUAAACCCGUCCCGCGGGCGGUGAGGGAAGCAGCGUCGGGUGAGCAGCAGAAAGAGGAGGAGCUCUACAGGGCGAUAAAGAUGCAGAUGCGGGCGAGAGAAAUGCUUCACAACGCAUCCAUGCCUCCUAGCAUGCUAGCACGGCGUCUCAGCGAGAAACAAACGCCGAAGGCCGUCCGGGACGACGAACCGGCCCACCGACCCAAAAUCAACACCGAAGUUCCAGACUUUGCCGCCCGCUACAGGAGGUUUCGUAAGCAGCUGGAGGAGAGCAAAGAAGUGCGGCCCGUGACGGCAUGCGAACCCUUCCAGCUGCGCACGGCUGACAUUGCCUCGCACAAAGAACGCAUCGUGGCGGAAAUCGAAGCAGAGAUACAGAGUCCGAAACUGUCACGCUGGCCGUUUGUGAGCCCACGCGCCCUCUCGCCUUCCUCAUCCCGUUGCUCCUCGCUGUCCGGAAGCCAGGAGUGCCUGACCGCCAAGAUCACGGACGCAGCCAAGAAACGGCAAGAAGCUGUGAGAAAAGUUCUUGAGCAAAGAAAGCGGAUCGAAGACGAAGAGGAGAAAUGGAAGGAGAAGCAAAAGCAAAGAGAGAAGAGAUUGCAGAAAGUGAUCACAAAGCGAGCCCAGGCCAACGACCCACAUGUGGCCCUGGCUCAGACCUGCCCGUCCAAACUAAAAGAGUUCAGGAAACAAGACCUCCAGAGACAGAGAGAGUUCCAGCAAGAGAUGAGAGAAAUCCAGGAAAGAGUGAAGGGAAGACCUCUGCUACUGGAGCAGGUUGCACAGAUGAAUGCUAAGAGAGCAGCUGAAAAGCUCUAUUCUGCCACUUUGCAUGGAUGUGGUCUGAGUGAGUCCUUCAUCAGCAGUAAAGCCCCUAAAGCAUCAACACACAGACAGACUCCAAGCCCCGCCCACUCUGGCAGCCAGACUCCACCCACAUACAGUAAAAUCAGACACGAAGAUCACGAAGACCUUCCAAACUUGCGGGAUUCUCUUCUCGAUGAUUAUCCAGAUGAUUAUGAGGAGUAUGACCACGACAUGGAGCCAGGACUCAUGGACAGAGAUGAGGAUGAGAAACUCAAUGUGUAUCAUGACAGUGAUGAGGAAAAGGGCAAUGAUGAAAGACACUCACAUGGUGACGAGGAGGAUUUUGAUGAUGAUGAUGUUGAUGAUAAGGACGAUGACAUCAUCAGUAAGCACAGCCAGAGCAGAAUGGGUAGCGAAAGUAAUAGCAGUCAGCAUAGCAACAGGAGCAGAACAGGGAGUGUUAAUUAGUUAAUUCACUAAGUAAAAUGAAAAGAUCAGAAAAGUGAUGAGAAACAGAAAUUACCCUAAUGGAGAAAACUGGUGUUUUCCUAAGAUAUGUCAUUUGCUUUUGGGUAUUUGAUGUUUUUUGAACUGAACAAACCUCCAUAGUAAAUUUUUGUUGGAUACAUCUAGUAGAUUGAAUCUUAAAAACCUUGUUAAGACCUUGUUUUUUUUUUUUAAAUAAUAAAAAAAAGAAUAAUAUGUAAAAUAAAAAUGUAUUAAUUAAACUAAUAUAUAUUUAUAUAUAUAUUUAUUAAGGUACUUAUACUAUUAAAGUCUUUAAGUAGCCUAUAUUAAAUGAUAAUAAAAAACAUUGCAAUUGUAAAAAAACCAAAAAACAAUAGUACUGAGAAUCACCAUUGACGACAAAGAGAUUUAGCGAAAAAACAAAAGAAAAACCCUUAAAUAUAUAAUAUAUGCAUUAUAGUAAUGGUAAUUUGCUGAAUUAUAUUGAAAAUAAUCAUGCAAUGCAACAAAUCUUAAUGAUGAGCUUAAUUUGAUAAAUGUAUUGUUUCUAUUGUUUACAUGGGGCAGAAUGUGACCUGGACAUGUUUACAUUAGCAGUAAUGAAUGUAUCAUACUACAUGUGGAAAUAUGUCUAUCCCCUAAUCAGAUAUAUUUAACAAAGGGUCCAAAACACUAAAUUACUGAAUAUGUUACAAAUAAAAUGACUGUUUGUA